CUUGCCGGCCGCCGCCGGCUCCCUCCGGCCCGCGGUGCGGUGCGCGCCUGCGCCAGCUCUCGCCUCGGAGCAGCCAUGAUGGAAGGCCUGGACGACGGCCCCGACUUCCUCUCGGAGGAGGACCGCGGACUUAAAGCAAUAAAUGUAGAUCUUCAAAGUGAUGCUGCUCUGCAGGUGGACAUUUCUGAUGCUCUUAGUGAGAGAGAUAAAGUAAAAUUCACUGUUCACACAAAGAGUUCAUUGCCAAAUUUUAAACAAAACGAGUUUUCAGUUGUUCGACAACAUGAGGAAUUUAUCUGGCUUCACGAUUCCUUCGUUGAAAAUGAAGACUAUGCAGGUUACAUUAUCCCUCCAGCACCACCAAGACCUGAUUUUGAUGCCUCAAGGGAAAAACUACAGAAACUUGGAGAAGGAGAAGGGUCUAUGACAAAGGAAGAAUUCACAAAGAUGAAACAGGAGCUGGAAGCUGAGUAUUUGGCAAUAUUCAAGAAGACCGUUGCGAUGCAUGAAGUGUUCCUGUGUCGUGUGGCAGCACAUCCUAUUUUGAGGAAAGAUUUAAAUUUCCAUGUCUUCCUGGAAUAUAAUCAAGAUUUGAGUGUGCGAGGAAAAAAUAAAAAAGAGAAACUUGAAGAUUUCUUUAAAAACAUGGUUAAAUCAGCAGAUGGGGUAAUUGUUUCUGGAGUAAAGGAUGUAGAUGAUUUCUUUGAGCAUGAACGAACAUUCCUUUUAGAAUAUCAUAACCGAGUUAAGGAUGCAUCUGCUAAAUCUGAUAGAAUGACAAGAUCCCACAAAAGUGCUGCAGACGAUUACAAUAGAAUUGGUUCUUCAUUAUAUGCUUUAGGAACUCAGGAUUCUACAGAUAUAUGCAAGUUUUUUCUUAAAGUUUCAGAACUUUUUGAUAAAACAAGAAAAAUAGAAGCACGAGUGUCAGCUGAUGAGGACCUCAAACUUUCUGACCUUUUAAAAUAUUACUUAAGAGAAUCUCAAGCUGCUAAGGAUCUCCUGUAUCGAAGAUCUAGGUCACUAGUGGAUUAUGAAAAUGCUAAUAAAGCACUGGAUAAAGCAAGAGCAAAAAAUAAAGAUGUUCUGCAGGCUGAAACGUCCCAACAAUUAUGUUGUCAGAAAUUUGAAAAAAUAUCUGAAUCCGCGAAACAAGAGCUUAUAGAUUUUAAGACAAGAAGAGUUGCUGCAUUCAGAAAAAAUUUAGUGGAACUGGCAGAGUUAGAACUGAAGCAUGCAAAGGGUAACCUACAGUUGCUGCAGAACUGCCUGGCAGUGUUAAAUGGAGACACAUAAGCCACACUCUGCCUUCCAGUUAAAAAGGGCUGCCUUCCGUCAGAUUUUAUUUUUUUUCUUAAUGAUGCUAGACAUUUACUGCUCACUGGAAACAAAAGAAACAGCUGACAAAGUGCAUCUACUCUCCUCCCUUUUUCUGAGAAACAAUGGCGCGGUGCCGCCCUCGGGUGCUGUGGGCUGCACGGUGGGACCUGCGCGCCUGCGCCGCAGACAGUUGAUGAUCAUCCGCGCCCUCCUCCUCUUCAGAAGCCCAAAGUACUGCCUUUUUUUAAGUAGCCUCUAGAACUGUGUUUAUUUUAUGAAUAGUAUUCCUUAUGGCUGCCAAUCUUAUUUACCUUUAAGUAAUUUCUGAAGUUUAAGCCUUUCAAAAUACGUUGUGUAAACAAGAUAAGGAUUGCCGUUACCUUUUUUUAAAUUUUGUUUUAAAAAAACAUUGUACACCACCUUAGUUCACUCUUGUAUCCUGGUAAAGCAUCUUAAUGAGACUUAUUUUUAAUUAAUGAACGUUUCUUAGAAGUUUUGGGACAGACUACAUAAUCUUUAUAACUAUGAUUUCUGAAGAAAAGCAAAUGCAUUAGUAUGUUUGCCUUAAACUUGUAGACUAAACGAACUAUUGUCAAAUAAACAGUGAUAACAGUAA